CAAGCAAUACCUCUCUAUAAAGCCAUUUGCAUUGUUAUAAAAGCACAGAAACUCAAACUUACGGAUGUCAGUUGCCCAGGGGCUACUAAAACUUAGAGAAAUCUCCAUUUGAAAAUUAACAUUUUUACUGGCAGAGGGUUUCAAAAUUUGUAGUUUCAGACAAAAUGCAAAGCCAGCACAGUAGUCGUACCGAUGUGACGGAUAUCACGGUUCCGGGCAAUCAGGAGGCGACUAUCGAGCAGAUGAAGGAAUUGCGAUUCAACGAAAAGAAUCUGAUUAUAUACAAUCCACCAGGAAUUAAUGAUGAGCUGUCUGCCAGAUUUCUGCACAGCUUCGCUUUUGCCACCUUCAAGCGAAGAACACCGGGACUUAUACGGGAUUUGAUCACAUUCCUGCGAGAUCGGGAGACAGAAAUUGUAAAAGAUUUUGGCGACUAUGCCCAUUUCGAUUUAAAGCGCACCAUGUGGAGUCUGCAGCUGCUGCGCGAAGAGAUAAUCAACAACGACGACUUUCAGAUAUUCCGGGUCAAAGCCCCGGAUACGGACAAUUGGAAUGAGUUUCUGAUGGGUCUCAGCGAGGACAGAAGGCAAUGGUUCUCAGCCGUUUGGAUGCACGCCGAAUGCUAUAUGUACCGCCGCGUUUGGUCGAUCUUUCAGCGCUCAGAAACCCUCGUAAGCUAUGACUUCUUUGGUGAUCAAAAGAUGUUGUCUACUAAGAAUUCGACGCUCCUUAUGAGGGAUAUAGUAUUGUCCACCAGACAGCUAAAGCGCAGCAAGGAUAACUUUCAGUGUCUACUUAAACUAUCCGCAUGGGCAAAUCGCGGUGAUCUGCCUAUCGCAAAGAAAGGCUCGGAUAAAAACAUUUUUAAGAAGAUUACAAGCUUAGACAAGGAUCUGUUAGCAGAUGAGUCAUCGGAUGUAUGGAAAGAUCUGACUGAAGCCGCCGAACCCGUCUACGUGGACAUCGUCUGUGAUAACGCUGGAUUAGAACUCUUUUCGGAUCUCAUUCUUGCUGAGUACAUCAUUGAAUCGGGGCUAGCUCGACGCGUGCGAUUCCAUGUAAAGGCUAUUCCAUGGUUUAUCUUAGAUGCCACCCAUAAAGAUUUUCACUGGCUGCUUAACUUCAUUUCCCAGCAUGAAUUUCCCGAAUUUAAGUCUUUCGGUAGGAGAAUACGGGGGUACCUUAAGGAUCGUUCGUUUAUUUUGUGCGAGAAAAGCUACUUCUGGACAAGUGGCCACGCCUUCAGCCAGAUGAAGCGAGUGCAGCCUUGUCUUUACGUUUAUAUCAGUGAGGCUGCCUUGGUGAUCUUUAAGGGCGAUCUUAACUACCGAAAACUAUUAGGCGAUAUUAACUACAAGUCCACGGAAAAGUUUUCGAAUUGCCUGCGUGGGUUUGAGCCAACAAGCGUUUGUGCAUUGCGACUCAUUAAGUCGGAUAUUUACUGUGGCCUGCCCGUCUGCAAGGUGGAGUGGCUAACGGAGGACAAUCCAGAGUGGAUGACCACAGGCGACAAGGCUGUCAUACAAGUGGCUAUCAAGCAUCGACUGUCGAGCGACAUUAUUGUUUGACUUUUAUCAAAAAUCAUUAUUCAGACUUAUUGGAUAUAUCAAUUAACAGCACAUAUUUAUAUGUA